AUGACAUCAGAAGUAGACGUAGAUGAGCUUAUUAGUAGGCUUCUGGAGGUCCGAUCAUCCAGACCCGGGACUACUGUAAAUAUGAAGGAAGAAGAAGUCCGAUAUCUAUGUGUUACUUCACGACAAAUUUUCUUAUCACAACCUAUUCUGUUGGAAUUACAAGCUCCUUUGAAAAUUUGCGGUGAUAUUCACGGCCAAUACACAGACUUAUUACGUCUUUUCGAAUAUGGUGGUUUUCCUCCAGAAUCUAACUACCUGUUUCUUGGAGAUUAUGUGGACAGAGGCAAGCAGAGCUUAGAAACUAUUUGCCUUCUACUUGCGUAUAAAAUUAAGCAUCCAGAAAACUUUUUCCUUCUUCGUGGGAAUCAUGAAUGUGCUGCUAUUAAUCGGAUAUAUGGAUUUUAUGAUGAAUGUAAACGACGUUUCAGUGUUCGAUUAUGGAAAACGUUCACUGAUUGUUUUAACUGUUUACCAAUCGCUGCAAUUGUAGAUUCAAAAAUAUUUUGUUGCCAUGGUGGAUUAUCUCCAGAUUUGCAAAAUAUGGAUCAAAUACGACGUAUCAUGAGACCGUCAGAUAUUCCUGAUACAGGACUUUUAUGCGAUAUUUUAUGGUCAGAUCCUGAUAAAGAUGUUAAUGGUUGGGCUGAAAAUGAUCGUGGUGUGAGUUUCACAUUCGGUCCAGAUGUAGUCACUAAGUUUCUCAACCGACAUGAUAUGGAUUUAAUUUGUCGAGCGCAUCAAGUAGUUGAAGAUGGUUUUGAAUUUUUCUGUCGCCGUCAGUUAGUAACCUUAUUUUCUGCACCAAAUUAUUGCGGUGAAUUUGAUAAUGCCGGUGGUAUGAUGUCUGUAGAUGAGAAUUUAACAUGUUCAUUUCAGCCGAUUAUACUGAAAAUAUAGGUAUGAAGAUAGUAUACUCUUAACUAAAAUAUCACCAUGUUAACCACCAGUAUAAAUGUUCUUAUUUUUCACCAUCAUUUCGUGUAUAUAUCCAUUUCUCCUUACUCAAUCAAUACUUAUAUAUGUAAAUAGGUAUGUUUUUUCUUUAUUCCUCUGCCUGAUUACAAAACUAGGACAUAGUCAAUUUGUGUGUGGAUUUUUGUGCCAACAUAGAUUACUAAUCUUAAAGGUUUGUAGAAAAUCUUUCAUCUUAUUCCUUACGUGGCACUAAUAUGUGCAUACUUUAUAUAUAUCACACUAAUUUCGCAUUCAGUCAUCUGAUUGUAGUGCAGUGCCUCUGGUGUAUACAUACGCGCUUAUGUGUGCUAUUGAUCUCUGUUUAGCAAAACAAUAAUCGUUUGUUUAAUAUUUUGUUGUUUUUUUCAAAUGGGCAAGAUGAUGAUAAAUAUAUUUGUUUGCUGCAAUUAGUAUUACAAGUGGAUGUUUAGUUCGCGAACACGUGUUAUAUAUCGUGCCUUAUUGAUUAUUCACAUUAUGAUAAUAUAAACUUAUAAUAAUAAUAUAUGUUAACUUAUCCUGUGGACUUUCUCAAUCCAUAAUGAAUAAGAUGUAUCUCUAUGUACUUAUACUUUAAUGUUACUUAUCAAGAGAAUACUGAUCUUGUCCAAAUUUAGCUUAUAAAGAUAGUAGCAUUAGUAGAUAUUCGGAUAGCAACAUCGUUUGGUUUUUUAUCUACGUGUUAUCAAUUAAAGUUUGUAUGAGCUGCUGCAAAAAUUGCUUUGGUAAUUGUGGUAAUGGCCUCCACGUUGACUACUUAGGUGGUUAAACAAAAAAAACUUGACUUUAAACCAAUUAAUUGAAGGUUCAAAUGUUAAAACCCUACCAUUCGUUUUUGGUUUGGACACGAAAUCAUAUCGUAAGUUAUUAUUUUCUGAAAUUAACCUCUCAAAGUCGAGUUUAUAAACCUGUAAGUUGUUGAAUAAAUUGUAUACUGAAUUUAGUCACCAAAAGUUUAUAUUCAUACACUGACCAGUAAGUUAUCUAACUUACUACCUAAUUAAUAUUUAAAAAAUAAAAUGGUUUCAAAAUUUUCAUUAAAAAAAUUAUUUGUAGGAAAUAUUGUAUUUCAUUAAGUUUUAUAGAUUAGAAAAUUAAGAUAAGAUGUCCUGGUCGGAUUUCGUAUAGUGUAGGUUUUGGUAACUGUAUGAUGUGCUAUCUCAGUUAUACAUCUGUAGUUAAGAAAAUCUGUAACACUUCACCGAUAUUAGCCUCGAUAGUUUAAUUACUGAUGAGAUCUCUUCAGUGAUUAGAGGGACUCGUUUUGUCCUGUCCAACCUAUGUGUGUAUAAGUUAGUCACUGAGGCUGUGAAAUCCACCUAUUGAAACAUGAUCAUCGCAUCACCCGUAAGUAACCAAAUAUCCCGUUAUAAAAUUCAUUAGUAACAAUUAAUUAUAAUCAAGUGUUAUAUCUCUAACUUUAAGUCUUGAUAUGCCAUGUACAACCUAAUCACUCGAACGCUUGGACCUUACGAGUGUCAAGUUAGAAGACAAAAGAUGAGUGGAAAGAAAUCUUAUUCCAGCCAGUGUCAAAUAUGGUACAAAACACUCGGGUAUCUACAGUUUUUAGUGAAGACGAAAUCAUCAUUACAAUCACCCAACCCUCAGGCAGUGGUUUCUAGCAUCUAUCCAGUCUGGAAUUCUUGAAUGUCCUUCCAAACGAUGAUUGGAUGGAAUGCCUUCGGUUAUUCCAGAACUUUCUUGAGUUCACUGGGAGCCUUCCCCACAUAAAGCUUGAUCAACCAGUCCUUGACUUUAUCAUUCCAUGUGCGACUGACUUUAGAUAUAUGAAGAAAGUUGGCCUUUCUAGGAUAGCUUCGUUAACAUGAGAUAAAUAUUAGUUAUUGUAUUAUUCAAUAUGAAGUGAUAUGAAACUUACCACAGUAAUGUUAAUUGAUUAUUUAUUAUGUAGUUAUUUCUGACCUUAAGGCUACAAAUAAUAUUCUGAUUAACAAUUAUUUUUAGAAAUCGAGCUUUCAUUCUAGCAACAACCCAUAUAUAUAUAUAUAUAUAUAUAU